UCAAUUACAAUUCACGUGUAUUUUCAUAAACAAAGUAAUGUCACUUUGUGUAGUAAAUAAACAUUUUAGCAGGUAGACGCGGUCCAAUUAGAAAACGCAAUGAUUUCCAACUUGCUGAUCAAUCAGCAAAAAUUCACCCUUUUCGUCGAUAAUGUGGGCAUGGAACGCUUCUCGGAUCAACUCAUUCAGGCGCUUCUGAAACAGCAGGGGCAAAACUCAGUGCAAAGCAUUCCAGCGAAUCCCAUUUACCAUCUAGACAAAGUUUUGCAUGAUAUUACUGACGAACCACUAGAUCUGCCUGUCAGAACCAACAUCGUCCUCCAACCACUUGCAAAGCUGCUGAACGUCUACACCCCCAAAUCAAUCUUUCAACUCGUUAACAAAUUAAAGAAGAAUUCUAAUGUGCAACAAGUGUUUCUCUGGGCAACAACCAAAAACAUCGCCGAGCACUUCGUAGUUCCAUUUCUGGAACAUUUGUCUGACCAAAUCGUGACGUUGCUUGACCGGAACCACCUCACAAUCAUAACAAGAAAGACUGGAGGCGUAGUAACGAAUAAGUAUUAUCAAUAUCAAUUGGGAAAUGGGGAUUUCACAGUCAGAGAAGUUAAGAAAUCAGUUCAGAAACCGGCAGAGCCUGAACCGAAGCCAGAGGCCUCAUUCAAAAUCGAUUUGGAGGAAGAGGAAAUGGUAGCCCGAAACGCACUUAAAUUACCUUACGAAAGGACAACUGACGCGGAUGUAGGCCAGAUCUUGUAUACGCCUGAUGUCGACGACGAUUUCGACGAGGAAGAUCCUGACGAUGAUCUAUGUAUUUAGGAUAUUUAGCACAAUAAAUUUUUUUGACUGUAAAA